AUAGUAAAGAGUCCCGAGUAUUUGAUUUGUCCUAAAUGUCAACAUUGGCUAAACCGUCAAUAAAAUAUCAACCUUCUGACUGGUUCACAAACUCUUUCGCAGUAAGUGCUAAUUCUCAACGUCAAAGAGAGGCAUCAGAGCAAAUCAGACAAGAAACACGUUCUUUACGCCUAGCAGCUGCUCUUAAGACUAAAUGGGAUGAAUUUAACAACACUACAAGACUUGCAGACAGAAUCGAUGCCAUAAAAGACUUGAAAGAUGUUUUGGAACUGGCUCACUCACAAUUGGAUGCGGAAAUAUCGAUGGUCAACCUAGGGAAAGAGGCAGUUGACGAACAAAUGAGAAAUAUAAUAACACCCAAAGAAUGCGUUACAGAGUGUCUCACACUUAGGGACAGGCGCAAAAAGAUAGACAACGUUGAGGACGCACCGGAGAUUCAGUUGAAGAAAGAAAAAGAGGUGAUUGAUAAAUCCAAUAAAAGACUUCAGCAAAAAGUGGAUGAGGCAUUUGAACAAAUAGUUCUUCUUAAAGAGGCUAGGCAACAAAUACUACUUGACCUACAGGAUAAGCAUGCUGCUAUGGACAUUGACAUCCAACAGUACAAACUGACACAUACCUGUCCAGGAGUUUCUUUCAAGCUCAAUUCAACACGAAUUCCAAAAGGGACAACUACCCCACAACAAUGGGAAGAAUUCACAAGGUACAACUGGCGGAGAGCUCAGGCGGAAAUUCGCUCAGGACAAAGAUUACGUGGAGCGAUCUAUCUAACACUAUGCCAAGUUUCGAAUGACUUAGAGGCUCAAGCUCAAGCAACAGAAUUUGCAUUGAGACAAAGAAAACAUGAUUUUGAACAAGCGCUCGAUGAAUUAAAAUGGCAAAAGAAACAGAUUGAAGACGAAAUGGCUGAAAUGGAAAACGAUUUAGAUCAACUUGAGAAAGCUAUUCAAGGCCUAAUACCAAUGGGAAAACUUGCACAAACAAGACUUGAAAGACGAACAUAUCGUCCAGGUGUUGAAUUAUGUCGUGAUUCUGUUCAAUAUGGUUUAACUGAUGAAGUGAGACAAAUUGAAUUGACAAAUGAAGCCUUAUUAGAUAAACAACGUCAAGCAAGACAUGCACUAAAUGCUUUACAUAAACAAUUAAAUCGUAUCAAUGAUGAUAUUACAUUAAAAGAAGAAAGUCUUCAAAUAGAGAAUGAUUGUUUAAAUUUACGUCAUCAACGUAUGGAUCGUAAACAACCUGAAAAAGAUUUUAAUCCAAAUGAAAUAGAAUCACAUAAAUCUGAAGUAAAACUUGUUAAUAAACCACCAACAUUUAUUGAACGUCAUGUAGCUGAGAAACUUCUUGCAUAAGAGUGAACUGUUUAAAAGUUGUUGUUUCUUUCUAAAGGAAAUGUGAGGAUGAUGAUGAUAGUUACAAUUUGAUUAUUAAACCUUCUUGAGUUUCAUGUUUAGAAUAUACUUAAUUCUUUUGUUAUUUACUUAACAAUUUACAAUUAGAGAGAGGUUUUGUGGAUAUUAUAAUAAUUGAAUAGUUGAAUUCAUGAGUCAUGGAAGACCUGGACGGACGUUCAGUGCUUUCAGGUUUGCUAUGGUGGUCUAGCUUCAACUGACGCAUGAAUUCAACUAUUAACUGUGAAGCUGGGUGACACGGGAUCGAAUCCGUCAAAGAGCAUCAGUUCCCUAAAGAUUACAGGUACACCUUGCUGACGAGUGCCAAGUAACACGAGACCCGUGUCCAGGGUUUCCUAUCGACUACCUCUAACUACCAUCUUAUCUCUUAUCGAGUCACCUAGACUAGUGGCCACAUUGCAAGUUGGUCGAUAGGAUUCGAUCUGCACUAAGAAGGACUUGACACACAUGAUAUUGAUUACCACACAGUGAUCAACCAAUUGUGAUUACAAUUUGCAUUUGUCUUAUACUACUCGUUGUAUGUAUCUAUGCUUGAACAAAUGACUUUAAAGUUGUUUGAAGACUUUCUUCACGAGAUGCAUUAGCUAAGUAUUUGUGAAAAAGGUGUAUAUAAUUUUAUCAGAUUAUUCGAACUAAACAGUAAUCAUUGAUACAUAAUAAUAAUGUGUUGAUGGAUUUGUUUUAAAAUUAUCAGGUUUCUGUUUCCCAAGUUUAGGUUGCAACAUUAUUGAAAUAUUUCGUUUGGACCCUGCUUAUACUACCUAUCUAUGGUUCAGUUUCAAAAACUGAAUAUCAAAAUGCGUCUAUUAGUCAUAGGAUUUGGUAUUUAUUAGCUAACCCGUUCUUUUGAAUAUAUUUGAGGUAGGACUAGUUGCUACGGAUUGAAGGACAGUAUCUUACUCGUUGAUGACACUCUUAGGAGAGGUUAUGAGUUAACCGGGUUGACAAGCAUAUUUCGUGCUCUCGUAAAAUCAAGUUCCUAGAAAUCAAUCAAGAUAAAAGUAUGUCAUAUCCAUAAAAAAUUCCUAAAUAAUUGGAAGUCUGGAACCAAAACACCUUAGGUUUUUUCAUAUGUGGUCAACUAAUUUACUUCAGUUGAUCUUAUGUCGUAACAUCGUAAAGUCAGUCAGUCAGCUACAACGUAGGACCAAGCACAUAUAUGCAUCGGUUCAAGUUGCCACACCUCAUUAACACAACAAGAUGAACACCAAAUUCAUAGGAAUUAAUUCAAUGGUGGUAAUAUAUAAAAGAAAGAUUACAAUAAGGAUAUAGUACAGGAAGGAAGAAUCAGUUGUUAGAAAGAUAGGAAGC